AGGCCGGCCGGCGGGCGAAGGAGGAAGAGUAGCGUUAUCCUGUGUUCGUUCAGUCAGUGCAUCAGGAUUGUCGAUCUGACUACACGCGCGACCGCGACGUCCUGACGGCGGCAAGGGCGAUGUGACUGGCGGGCUUAGCCUAUACCAGACCUCUUACUAUUUCUACUAGCACUACGACAGCCUCUCGCCUUUGUUAAGAUUGACGCCCGAGCUCGCCUCCCCACUGCCGCCAGUAUGUCGGUAUUAGCCCUCCAAGAGUACGAGUUCGAAAGGCAGUUCAACGAGGAGGAGGCCAUCCGAUGGAUGCAGGAGAACUGGAAGAAGUCCUUCCUUUUUUCCGCCCUCUACGCCGCCUGCAUCCUCGGCGGCCGACAUCUCAUGAAGCAACGCGAGAAGUUUGAGUUGAGGAAGCCCCUGGUGCUCUGGUCCCUCACACUCGCCGUUUUCAGUAUAUUUGGCGCUGUCCGCACUGGAAGUUACAUGACAUACAUCCUCAUGACCAAAGGGCUCAAACAGUCAGUUUGCGACCAGAGCUUUUACAAUGGGCCCGUCAGCAAAUUCUGGGCCUACGCAUUUGUGCUAAGCAAAGCACCAGAAUUGGGUGACACACUGUUCAUUGUGCUAAGGAAGCAGAAGCUGAUCUUCUUGCACUGGUACCACCACAUCACUGUGCUACUGUACUCUUGGUAUUCGUACAAAGACAUGGUAGCCGGCGGGGGCUGGUUCAUGACCAUGAACUACCUAGUGCACGCCGUCAUGUACUCUUACUAUGCACUGCGGGCGGCCGGCUUCAAGGUGUCGCGCAACUUUGCCAUGUUCAUCACGCUGACGCAGAUCACUCAGAUGCUGAUGGGCUGCAUGGUCAACUACUUGGUGUACUCCUGGAUGCAGCAGGGCCACGAGUGCCCAUCGCACAUGCAUAACAUCGUGUGGUCAUCGCUCAUGUACCUCAGCUACUUUGUGCUCUUUGUGCAGUUCUUCUGGGGGGCUUACAUGGGAAAGACCAAAACAGCCACUGCUAUAAAAAAGACUGAGUAGAAAAAGCAAAAAAAACCAAAAGGAAGAAGAUGAGGACUGAUGGCGGGAUGAUAGGUGGACCACCGUGAUGAAGCCAUUGCAAACUGGUGUUAAAAAACAACAAAAGUUCCUCAUAGUCUUAAAUCAGAUGAUCACAAAAAUCUGCUACAAACUUGUGUUUACUUGACUUUUUAAACAUUACUACAGUACAUAUGAAGAAUUGUUUGUCUCGUCUGUCUCUGUGUGUGUGUUCUGUUAUUUUAUGUUAUGUCUAUCCAAAUAAAAGUUGUCAAUUUUCACCCUUUUCUCAAGUAUUUGCCACAUUUUCUCAGACAGUAGUUUAGUCAUUUGCGCAUUGAAAAAUUCAGAUAUCAGGACACGAAAAUAGACAUUCCAGUACUUCCAAAAUGAUCUGUGCGUCUGGGGCAGUGUGGUUUUGGUUUGUAUGUCUCCUUUACAAUCCUGCGGGUCUGGGUUUGAAACUGUAAAUAUUGAUGGAUAAAAAAAAUAUUUAUGGCUGGUUUGUUGGGAACGUGUUUUGCUUUUAGAAAGGAAAGGGAACAAUCGUUAAAGGGCCAAUGUAUAAAUGGUGUCUGCUGUGCUCAUGUGCUUUUGCACUGUAAUGAUGUUCAAAAAAACAUGCAAUACUUACACAGUGCUUGUAAUCUUUUUUUUGUCCUAAAAGCACAACUAUUAA